UUGACUCCUCAGCCGGUGCGGUGCAGCUUUUUACUCUGCCCUCCUCCACAUCAAAAACCCAAAAAAAAUAAAUUGUUUCAUUUUCCGUCCGUCGUGCCGGUUCGGAUUCCGGACGAUUUAUCCCCAAAAAUCUCAGAAAAACCAAAAAUUCAGUCGCAGUUUCAUUUCCGGUCCUUAGGUUUUUGCAAAUUUUUAAUUUCGGUCCUUUGAGUUUGCAAAAAAAAAAAGGAAAUUUUGAGGUCAGGGUUUUGUGAUUUUGGUGUGACAUGGCUCAGAUUCAAGUUCAGCAGCAGCAGCAGCAGCCUCCCGUGAGCGGCCCAAACAGCGUGGCGGCGAACAGCGGCGGUGCCCCCCCGCAGUUCGUGUCGACGUCGCUGUACGUUGGGGAUCUUGACCAGAAUGUUACCGACUCGCAGCUGUACGAUCUGUUCAACCAGGUCGGUCAGGUCGUGUCGGUGAGGGUCUGCAGGGACUUGAGCACUCGCCGAUCUCUUGGCUAUGGUUACGUCAACUAUAGCGGUCCUCAGGAUGCUGCGAGGGCACUGGAAGUUCUGAACUUCACUCCACUGAAUAACAAAUCAAUCAGGAUUAUGUAUUCGCACCGGGACCCUAGUAUUAGAAAGAGUGGAACCGGAAACAUAUUUAUCAAGAAUCUGGACAAGGCAAUUGACCAUAAAGCAUUGCAUGAGACAUUUUCUUCGUUUGGAAAUAUUCUUUCUUGCAAGAUAGCCACUGAUGCCACUGGCCAGUCAAAGGGCUAUGGUUUUGUGCAAUUUGAUAGUGAGGAAGCUGCUCAGAGUGCAAUAGAUAAGUUAAAUGGGAUGCUGCUUAAUGAUAAGCCAGUGUUUGUAGGACACUUUCUCCGCAAGCAGGAGAGAGACGGAAAUUGGAAUAAGACAAAAUUUAACAAUGUCUACGUCAAGAAUAUAUCUGAAUCUACAACAGAGGAUGAGUUGAGGAAAAUUUUUGGUGAACAUGGACAAAUUACCAGUGUUGUAGUGAUGAGGGAUGGGGAAGGCAAAUCAAGGUGUUUUGGUUUUGUUAACUUUGAGGAUCCAGAAGCUGCUGCUACAGCUGUUGAAGCUUUGAAUGGAAAGAAGAUCGAUGAGAAGGAGUGGUAUGUUGGGAAAGCUCAGAAGAAGUACGAGAGAGAGCUUGAACUGAAGGAGAGAUUUGAGCAGAGCAUGAAGGAAGCCAGCGAUAAGUUUCAGGGUGUCAAUUUGUAUAUCAAGAACUUGGAUGACAGCAUCAGUGAUGAAAAACUCAAGGAAUUGUUCUCGGAGUAUGGUACAGUUAGUUCGUGCAAGGUUAUGCGUGAUCCUGAUGGAAACAGCAGAGGUUCUGGUUUCGUUGCCUUCUCAACUGCUGAAGAAGCUUCUCGAGCUCUUGCUGAGAUGAACGGCAAAAUGGUUGUUAGCAAGCCUCUGUAUGUUGCACUUGCGCAAAAAGAAGAAAGAAGAGCAAGGUUACAGGCUCAGUUUUCGCAAAUGAGGCCAGUUGCUAUGGCACCUUCAGUGGCUCCACGUGGUAUGCCAAUGUACCCUCCUGGUGCUCCGGGUCUAGGGCAACAAUUUAUGUACGGGCAAGCACCUCCAGCGAUAAUUCCUCCACAAGCUGGAUUUGGUUACCAACAGCAGCUUGUGCCUGGAUUAAGGCCUGGUGGUGGACCAAUGCCAAACUUCUUUGUUCCAAUGGUGCAGCAGGGUCAGCAGGGCCAACGCCCAGGAGGUCGACGUGGUACAGGUCCAGUGCAGCCAAACCAACAGCCUCUGCCAAUGAUGCAGCAGCAUAUGCUGCCUAGGGGACGUGUGUACCGCUAUCCACCUGGUCGCAACAUGCAGGAAGUUCCAUUUUCUGGAGUCGGAAGUGGUAUGCUUCCAGUCCCAUAUGACAUGGGUGCCAUUCCUAUGCGUGAUGCUGCAGGUGGGCAGGGUGUUCCGGCUUUGGCCACUGCCCUUGCAAAUGCCUCAACUGAACAGCAAAGGACGAUGCUUGGUGAAGCCUUAUAUCCCCUCGUUGACCAGCUGGAGCAUGAGUCGGCAGCUAAGGUGACAGGCAUGCUUUUGGAGAUGGACCAGACCGAAGUUUUGCAUUUGCUUGAGUCACCAGAGGCUCUAAAGGCGAAGGUCGCAGAGGCCAUGGAUGUUCUGAGGAAUGUUGCCCAACAGCAGGCUAACAGCAGCGCCGACCAACUGUCUUCAUUGUCUCUUGAAUGAGAAGAACGGCAUCCGGUGAUGUUUUUCUCACAACGCGGAAAGACUUUGGUAGAAGUUUGCGUUUGAUGUUUUGAGUUAUUGUAGUGUUUUGGAAAUUGGAAACAUAGACUUGAUUUCUUCAUUUUUCCCGCAAUUUUUGUUUGAUUGGGCUCUAGGAUUUUCACUAUUGAUACAUUUACCUGGCUUGCUUCAUGGUUUUGGUUAAUGAGUUUAGACAUAUGUCUUGGUCA